AGAAGCCCGUGUAUGGAUACUGCAGAUUGUCGUUGGAGAAGGACUACUAUCGUGCACACCCGGGGGCACUUCAGGACUUCGGAUUGCAACCAGUCUAGCUGCGCCAAAGCGCGUCUCCUCACCGAAUAAUGUUCACGCAACGCAAUUGGAAGAAUAUGCUCGUCAACGGACAUUGAGAACUCAUACUACCUCCAUUGGCGAUGUUUGGUACUGAUGCUGUCAGACUUCUUAACGCGACACCUCUCUCGCGAUUGGAACUCGUGGAAUGCCAAAUAUAGAUAGAUCCUGCUCAGUCCAUCUUCACCUCAGUUGACAGCUUCACAUCUCUCUCUCUCUCUCUCUUUCUGCGAGUCUCAAUAUGAAUAGCGCCACUGUCUUCAUCUCCACCAGUGCCACAGAUUUGUCUAAGUCUCCGCAGCGAUGUUCAUCGAGCAGCUCGUCACCAGCAAUCGGCGUUCAUCUCGCGCGCUGUCGGACCCGCCUGCCAGCUCCUCGGGCAAUAGCGAUAGUGCAGGUCAUUGCCGCGUGUUAGGCGCACCAUUCCAACACCAUACAGCACACAGCAAGGACGACCACGACACGCUACCACCCUCCACUCCAGACCAGCAACGAGGUCCUCACGGGUUGAUCGCCCGCGGCCUGACGCUGCAGCUUCCUACUGCUCGCACCGCAGAUCCGACUACUUCUCUCUUUCACGAUGCUCCAUUGUCACCCAAAUUAGAUGCGCAAAGCAUCUAUAUGCAGUCUCAGAACCAGACACACUCUCCUGCUACGAGUCUCCCAAGGCACUCGCGAGGCCUCGAUUUUGCAAGAGCAUGUACUACACUCGCUCAUUCUACGAUUGCCGAGCAUAGCAGUCCAGAUUCCUCACCCAGAGCAAGUCAGCGAGGGUUGAAUAUACCUGGUGGAAAGAUGUCCUUCACGGGAAUGGGAUUGGACUCUCCGCGUCUCCAUGGCGCCGGCAAUGUGUCUUGGAACCACUUCGGGCCGGAGAGGAGUACACUCAGCAGUUCUGUCGGUAGUGUAAAUAUGUUGGCCUCUGACAGCGAAAGCUCUAGUGAAGAUGGGGAUACGAGUAUGGCGGGUGACGAGGGAGACGACCCACUUCUCAUGACUCCCCAGGUGCAAAAGAUCGUCGACCACAGCGUGGCCACGCCAUUCCAGACAAACACGACAGCAAUCGGCGGCUCACUGUGGGGCAGCGGAGCACACUUCUCGCCAGCUCAAGGGUCUCUGGUUAAGACGAUUCGGAAGCAAAGACUCGGCCGUAGCGGACGAAAGAAUAGGCAGAGCUCGAGCAGCGCGAGUGGGAGUGGCUACAGCUCACUUGCAUCUCCGCGGGCCUAUUCUCCGCCGCCUAUCAAGAGCAUUGAAUCUGGCGGGUAUUUUGCCAUGUCGCAUGCCGCUCGGAGUCGACGGGAGAGCCUUGCUCUGGGGACCGAUGGCCUACAGAUCUCUAGUGGCAACGACAGUGGAGACGAAGCAUUAGGCAUGCCACCAUCAACCCCUGGCGUCGUUCGUAGAGCUGUCACUCGUCGUGGGAAUCUUCUUCCCAAGACAAAAGGUUUCGCAAGAAUCCGUGCUGCAUUAGCUGAGGAAGCUGCGCCGAUUGAUACCGACGUGCGACGUGAAGCCGAGACAAUCAGGCAGGUACGAGAACGUGAUAACAGCACCUCUGACUUUGAGCUGGGUUCCGCAACUGCUGCCUCGUCGCCAAAUCUGCUGCCUGCGGUGCCAGAGGCCGCCCAGAUAGACUUUGGCAAAGAUCUCGAUGGCGAAGGCACCACCAUGAAGGGGCUCGGCGCGAAUUUUGCUGCCCACGCCAAUCGAAAUAGUGGAGGUCCCGAAUUUUGGAAUAGGUUUGAUCCCGCAAUGCGAACACCACCACCGCCUGCUUUCUCGCGGCAUGGCAGUGGCGCAUCCGAAUUGAAUCUUGACCUUCCCUUUGGAGAAGGUAUACAGUUCAGGCGGCCGCGAGCGCGAUCAUCUGCUUCGGACGCCUCAGAAGCCUUCUUCCCGGCAGGGGGCAGCAACAGCAACAAUAAUAACAUCCACAACGGCGCGAGCUCCGGGGUGAACGACGACAUGCAUCUCAAAAAGUUCAAGCGUCGACGCGAAGAUGACUUCGAUAUUGCGACCAUUAAACGACGCGCUGUUUCUCCAGGAAUGAGCUCACAGAACAGUCCAGUAUUGGCAGCAUCCCCUUCACAUCGAGAUGCGAACUCUUGGGGACAACCACCGGAACGCAAAGGGGAGCGCAAGGAUUGGCCCUCCUCAAGUGGUAUUGACAUCGCCACCCUCACUCGAGCCAGUAGCGGCGGAAGCGGAUCGAUGAGCGUUACGCCUACAGGAAGUAUGACACCGAACAACAAUCUUGUGAACCAAGGAAAGAAGCUUGGUCUACAGCCUAUGACUGAUACGAAUGACGGCCUUAUGAAAAUGAGCAUCGAAUGAGAUACUCCGCUCCGGAAUGGCGUUUACUUGCUAGGGACACCCGGCGUUGUUUCGUAAUUGUGUAUAUUUCUACUUGAUCGAACGUGAACGCAUUAUGAAAUCCAACCGGCGGCAUCUUACAAGUUUCCUCUCAUCAUACUGUAUGUGCGCAGUUGCUGUCGCUGUCGCUGUUUGAGUCCGUGGGCGUGCCCCAGAUACCUUGCCUCAGGCCAAAACCAGAAACGCUGUCGGUCAACCUGCCUUCAGGCAAAUCAAUAUGGCUGGCCCUCAGCUCGCUUGCGCCCGCUGGACUGUAUAUGCCGACCCGCAUUGCUGCUCUCACCAAGCGUCUAGUAUAAACUACACUGUUCUUGGUUUCAAUAACAAAACACAUGCGCCGCAUUCAC